AUGCUAUACAACGAGGCUCAUCCUGGGCACCGUGCCCGGGAUGAGCUCUGCCUGGGAUGGGCCAGCAGAUAUGACGGAUACGGCAACACCAAGUCCGCCACAAGUCAACGACUUAGGUUUAAUUGGAAGAUGCCUGCCCUGAUGCUGAUCUGCUUUAUCAUCGGACUGUUUCUUGCCGUUGUCCACCAUCUCUAUUAUCAAUUGUUAAACAACACCGUCAUUCACACCAAGAGCCAGCAGACAUGGGCCAACCGAAUUGGUACGGGGCUAGUUUUCCUAAUCAAGACCUUCCUCGCUGCCGCUGUCGGAAUCGUUUGCACCCAGGUAUUGUGGUGGUCAUUGCGAUCGAGGUCGAUUGAGGUCUCGACUCUGGACUCACUGUUUGAUCUUCGCAAUAACAUUCUAUCCUUUUUGAACCCCUUAGUAUAUGACAUCAGGUUAAUACCUAUAAUCGCGGUCUUCACGCCGUCAGCGUUAUCCGUCCAAAGCUCGAUAGCGUCCACCGUGUCACCUAUGAGUAUUCCCAGCAUACUGUGGAAUGCAAAGCUUUUUGCGGGCUGGAAUGGGAGACUUGUCAAUGGACAACCAAUAUCAGCUUGGGCCAGCGUGAAGCCCAAUAUCACUCGAGUUGUCACGGCCACAGCGGUUCAUGGCUUUGUUCUCAGCCUGUCAGCUCCCGCCGUGAACAGCUCGUAUACACUAAAUUUUCAUGGACCGUCGCUUCAAUGCACAAAUAGCACCAGUCUCCACCACGCUGUCGUCGAAUAUUACAACGAAUAUGGCGCGGAAGCGGGGGACCCGUGGUCUCCGCCAGAUAUGGAACAGCAAUACUUCUCAAAAUUGGAUGAAACAUCCACAGACUCUGCCAAAAUCGUCUUUGCCAUUUUCGCUUCGGGGGGGCCCUAUACGUUUACUUUCACCAAUGGUAUCCAGGACUUAGAGACGAUACCACAGUGCUGA